GUAGGUACUAGUCCGUUAUCAUAAGAACACCGCGGCUUUCUAAAAUUAAAAAUAUUAUAUCUAAAGGUGCGUUUGGAACAUUGGACCUAUUCAGUUAUUAGAAUAUCAAUCAAUCGAAAAAACAACAUGUUUAUAGAGGAAAACAUUAAGAACAAAAUCACAGUAUCGUCAUGUAACCGUGACAUCCACGUGACGUGCCUCGAACAAAGGCAAUCUGUAAAAAAAUCUUACUCCAUUAAGAUGGUCGAACGUUCAACAACAUUCGAGUGGUUGCCGGAGAGAAGAAACUGCCAAGGUUUCUGUCAAGAGUUGACGGUAAUAAUAUUUUCCAUAACAAUAUGGUGUUUUAUGCUAAUAACAUGUAUGGUGAAAGCAAUAGAAUUUUUCGUAGAAGCAAGUGACGAAAAUUCAUUUCCCAACGGGCUAGUCAUGUCUACCAUCGCAGUUGUAAUGGCUGCUAUAUUGUGGUUUUGGCUCAUAAUUUUUUCAUCGAUAUGGAAGCGUAUGAAUAUGGUAAUAUGCAUGCACAAGCACAAGAACUAUUUGAAAGUAGCUGACGAUGUAAACACUGCAUUUGCUGUCUGAGAAGACUGGCUAAUUUACAUUUUAUAAUAUUAAGAUUAAUUGAUACCUAAAAUUGUUUAUUUUUGUCUAAUGAUAGUUGAAAAUUAUUAUUACCUAUUAUAUAAAAAUAUUAAAUCUAAAAUAUAUCGAUAAUCAUAAUAGAUAGGUAAUUAAUAAUCAUUAUCAUUAUAACAAUUAUGUAAUACAAAAUGUAUGAACUAAAAUAUAAAAAUAAUUAUUUACAUA